UUUGGAAAGGAUUUGAGUCCGCCAAUGACUGGAAUGGGAGAAAGAAAGAAAGCUUAGAUCUGAUCUUAGGUAUGGAAGGAGGAACUUAGCGGCGAGUUCUGGUCGCAAGGAAGGGAAAAACAAUCCAGGUUAUUGCACGUGGGAAAGGGAAAUAGGGAGGAGGAAGGUGCUAGAUGCCUGGAGGUGUAGAAGGCCCGCUCUUGGGCACCAGAGGGUGAUAUUGGGCGGCGUGAGGUUGCAAACAGUGACAAAUAGAAGCUCAGAUCAGCAUGCAGAAAGAAAAAUCAAGCGGUGGGCAGCUGCAAGGACACGUGGAAGACUAAGUCUUGGGUUUAGAGGGAAGAAAACGUGCGGCAGUGGAGAGCUAAAAGCAAAGAAAGGCAGAAGUCGAGAACCUGGGCGUGUGCAGCGAACUCAGGCUGCAGGGACUGGGGGUGCGGCAGGGUGGAUGCGUCCGCCUGGUGGGCGUGUAGGGGGCGGUGCUCCAGCUCUGAGGGGUGUUCGCUAGGCCACCAGAUUGCAACAGGAGCGGGGCAGGAGGUGGAGGAGACACCGCCACCUCUGCGGGGAUUUCGAGUUCUAGAGGAGGCGUUUCCUGGCUGGCUCCCUGCUCCAGGGGUUUAAAGGACAUAAACUGAACUCGCCUGAGCCUGCAAGAUUAAGAGGAUUUGGAGUGAUUAGACGUUGACUCACUGUAAAGGUUUAUUGAAUUCAAAAUGUCUCAAAAAAUCCAUGGCGGUUCUGUGGUAGAGAUGCAAGGAGAUGAAAUGACGCGAAUCAUUUGGGAGUUGAUUAAAGAAAAACUCAUUUUUCCGUAUGUGGAAUUGGACCUGCACAGCUAUGACUUAGGCAUAGAGAAUCGUGAUGCCACCAAUGACCAGGUCACCAAGGAUGCUGCAGAAGCUAUAAAGAAGUACAAUGUUGGUAUCAAGUGUGCUACCAUCACCCCCGAUGAGAAGAGGGUUGAGGAGUUCAAGUUGAAACAAAUGUGGAAGUCGCCGAAUGGCACCAUCCGAAAUAUUCUGGGUGGUACUGUCUUCAGGGAAGCUAUUAUCUGCAAAAAUAUCCCCCGGCUAGUGAGCGGAUGGGUAAAACCCAUCAUCAUAGGUCGCCAUGCUUAUGGGGAUCAAUACAGAGCAACUGAUUUUGUUGUUCCUGGUCCUGGAAAAGUAGAGAUAACCUACACGCCAAGUGAUGGAUCCCCAAAAAAGACAUACUUGGUACAUAACUUUGAAGAGAGUGGUGGUGUUGCCAUGGGGAUGUACAAUCAAGAUAAGUCAAUUGAAGAUUUUGCACACAGUUCUUUCCAGAUGGCUCUGUCUAAGAGUUGGCCUUUGUAUCUGAGCACCAAAAACACUAUUCUGAAGAAAUACGAUGGACGUUUUAAAGACAUCUUUCAGGAUAUAUAUGACAAGCAGUAUAAGUCCAAGUUUGAAGCCCAGAAGAUCUGGUAUGAGCAUAGGCUCAUCGAUGACAUGGUGGCCCAAGCUAUGAAAUCAGAGGGAGGCUUCAUCUGGGCCUGUAAGAACUAUGAUGGUGAUGUACAGUCGGACUCCGUGGCCCAAGGUUAUGGCUCUCUUGGCAUGAUGACCAGUGUGCUGAUUUGUCCGGAUGGCAAGACAGUAGAAGCAGAGGCUGCCCAUGGGACUGUAACCCGUCACUACCGCAUGUACCAGAAGGGACAGGAGACGUCCACCAAUCCCAUUGCUUCCAUUUUUGCCUGGACCAGAGGGUUAGCCCACAGAGCGAAGCUUGAUAACAAUAAAGAGCUCGGCUUCUUUGCAAAGGCUUUGGAGGACGUCUGUGUUGAGACCAUUGAGGCUGGCUUCAUGACCAAAGACUUGGCUGCUUGUAUUAAAGGUUUACCCAAUGUGCAACGUUCUGACUACUUGAAUACGUUUGAGUUCAUGGACAAACUCGGAGAAAACUUGAAGAUAAAACUAGCUCAGGCCAAACUUUAAGGUCAUUCCGCAGCCUAGGAGGACAAGUGAUUUUUGGUAACUAGGGCCACCGGUUUACACUUUUCUCUAUAACACUCAAGGAUAAGGGCAAAAUCCAUUUUGUAAUUUGUUUUGAAGUCAGAGUUUAUCUUUUCUAUAAGUUUACAGCCUUUUUCUUGUACAUACUGUUAUGCCACCUUCAUGAAUGUGGCUGGGGACUUUUUAAAUUUUUAUUUUAUUUUCUACUAGUAGCUUAGGAAUUACUUUAGUGCUGAUUGGUACUUACUGUCACUUUUUCUCAUGUUCCGAUCAAUAUAAAUGACCAAAAUGAAGAGUGCUUGAAAGAGUAAACUAAGCCACGGUAUUGGUCCCUAAAAUUGUACAAAGUAGAAAUUCACUCCCUUCCCCACUUUCCAUGGCCUUGGGCUCUGGGUGGUUUUGGUGUAACAGGUGUCCCAUCAUGUGAGGUAAAGCUGUACCUUAAACUUGCACGUGAAUUAGAAUGAAGAGUAUGGUUGUAACCAAAACGUGUUGAAGACACAGCAGUCAUUUUUGUGAAGAUCUCUUAAUUGAAUGUUUCGAAAAUGCUAAAGAUUUUGGAGGCCACAAACAGUUUGGAAUCCAGGAUAAAUGCUCCCUGGGGGUUUGUCCCCUGUGUUUGUCCCCUCCUCCUGGCCUUGUGUGGCCUAAAGAUUAUGCUACCCUGAACAGUAUAUUUCAUCCAAGUGCAAUAACACAAGCUGCACCUUUUGCAGACUUCUGCUGGCCUAUUUUAUUUCCUUUAUAUAAAUGUGACUUUUCAGAAGUUGGUUUUGAACACUAUCCUAGCCUGUUCUUCAUUGAAACCAUUACUUUUAAUUAAAAUUAAGUGCUAAU